ACCUCGUGAUCCGCCCGCCUCAGCCUCCCAAAGUGCUGGGAUUACAGACGUGAGCCACCGCACCUGGCCUACAACAUCUUUUGUUUGCAGUAGCAUUGUUUUGAGAGGCAAUGUUCUAUGGGACUGAAGACCACAGGCUUGGAGUUAAAUUGUCUGAAUUCAAAUUCUGUCUCCACUAUUUGCUGGCUGUGUGAUCUUGGGAAACUUGAUCUCUUCAAGUCUUUAUCAUAUUUAGCACACAGUGAGCAUGCAGUAACAUGAGUGAUUACUACUGUCUUAGCAGUUCUGCUUCUCAGGGUUUAUUUAAAUAAACAGAUGUACUUGGAUUUCUUUGCUUUGUAUGCCAUUUGAAACUGGAUUUCUCCUCAUACCACAAAAGAUAAAGUUAAGGAACUGGAUGAUCUGUGAUUUAUAGUCUACUAACUGCUUUUUCUAGUGUUUGCCCACAUAUCUGUGUUGGUGAAAUACUGUGUAUCAUACCCUAAGUCAGUGUUACAUUGAAGAGAUAACUUCAGGUAGGUAAAUAUAAUUGCUUAAGUGUCCUAAACAAGCAUAUGAUUUUUUCUUUCUCUUUUUUUUUGGCAGGAAAUCCUUUUGUACUAUUGCUCAUUCAUACUUGUUCAUCAAAGCCUGGAUUCUUUAAGGACAGAAUUUACCUCUAAACAGAAAGAUGGAAACUAACAUACAUUUAUUCUGCCAGGCAGAGGAAAAUAUUGACUUCUUAGAUGAUGGCUCUAAUUCUUUUGCAACUGGCUUGCCAUCAGGAACUAUUAACCACAAGAAAUACAUCAAGUUUUCUAAAACAAUAGAGAAGAAAAUUUCACCGGAAGUUAGGAGUUUGAGCCCAGAAUAUAAAAAAAUAUUUGAAACGUCAGUAUUCCUUUGUGGAGAAGAAAAGUCCUCUGAUUUUUCAGUAGGAAAAAAAGGUGGGAGAAAGAGUUUACAAGUACAACAGCACAGUAAAAGAACUGAGAUUAUCCCUCCUUUUCUGAAGCUGUCAAAGGAGAAGGUGACUAGGAAAGAAAACUCUUUAUGCAAGUUGCCGAAUCAGUACAGCCUUCACAAGACUUCAUCACCUCUUUGUACAUCUUCCUCAAUUACUCGGGAAAAGGAAAUGCUAUCUAACCUCUACAUGACAUUAUAUGAUGAAGUAACCCAUGGAUAUUUAUACUCACAAGAAUUAAGUGCACUUCAUAAAGCCUGUAAAAUUUUUAGUAAAAUUCGAAGUGGUAAGAUUUAUGUGAAUGAUCUUCCAGUGAUCCUCGGCAUCUUGAGAAUUUCUAUAAGUGAUUUAGAAAUGCGACAGGCACUAAAGACUAUUGAUAUUGAUGUUAAUGGAAUGCUGGAUUUUUCAAAUUUCCUUAAAGCUGUGGCUGAUGUUUCUUAUAUGGUCUCUCACAAUCCAGCAUUCUGGGAUGCCUUGAAGAUUUUCUGUAGGAUAAAAGGUGGUCGAGUUUCAACUGAUGAAAUAUUUGGUGUUUUGGAUAACAUGGGUAUCCCUAUAAACCCUGAAAUUUUAGAAGAAGUGAUAAAACAUACCUAUAUUGACAGUAACCACAUGGUGGAUAUUGGGGAUAUUAUAUUUAUUUUGAAUGAGCUACAGGAACAGUAUGAGGAUGUUCCAAUUACGGAAGAAUCACCUUUGGAUGAAAUUACUUCAGACAGAAAGUUAUCAAGUAUAGCAGGAUGCUAUCUAAAAUAUAAGAAGAAAAACAGUUUAUCUUCCAAACUCCCUGAACCUUCAAUAUCCAAAAAGUUAAAUAACAAAAGCAACCAAUAUUAUAGCAAAAUUAUGGAGAACAAUGACCUUGAAUCUAAAAGAUCAAAAAAUACUUGGCAAAUAAGAAAAUUUCUGGAUGGGGUCAGCAGCAGUAAUGUAGGAGUCCAAGAACCAUAUUCAAAGAAUGGCAUAAACUUUAAAAAACAUUCAGAGAAGGGUGAAAUUCAUGACUCAAAGUCUAAACCACAAAGCUUGAAGAGUAGUACAAGCCUCAGUAAGUCGCUGGAUAAAAGUGAUAUUUCUAGUAUCCCAAAACUUCAGAAGCCAACUGUAAGAAAGCGUUCCAGCCUCCUAAAGCAGGUUUCGUCUACGGAAAAAACUGCAAUUAAUACUCUGGAAAACUUCUGUGAAGCUAUCAGUAAACUUCAAGAAAAUUACAUUUCAGCAGAAGGACUUCAGUCUAUUUUGCCUUCAGUAGGAAUUACUUUAUUAGAUAAAGAAUUCCAGAAGAUUGUGACAGACACUAGUAGAAAUGAGAAUGGAAUGGUGGAGUUAGAUGACUUUAUAAGUACUCUCGCCAACGAGCAAAGUUUUCCUGAAUGCAAUGCAUUGCCUGGUGUCAUUAAAGCCAUUGAUAAAAUUAAAGAUAAAAAUGUGGAUUAUGAGGAUCUAAAUACUUGUCUUCAAGAUUUUGGUAUUUACCUUUCUAAGCCAGAAUUUAAGAAGAUCACAGAAUUGACUGAAGCUGGUGAAACAAAAAAAGUGAAUUUUAAAGAAUUCAUUGAUACUAUGAUGAGCAACACGGAAUGCUUCUCUGAAAAAUUAUUAUUGCCUGAUGCUAUUGAAACCCUCGACAAUCUCAGAAAGGAGACGAUGAGUGUUUCUGACCUGUGGAAUAUUCUGUCUAGUUUGAAUAGUAAUUUAAAAAAGGAUGAAUUUCUAGCUGCAUUGAAACUAGUUACAGUUGAUGAAGGUGACAAAGUACAAUUUGAAGAAUUUGCACAAGUAGUAAGGAAUAUGCGUGAUGCUGCCAGGUUAGAAGAGUUACAGGAAGUUGUCUUAGCUGCUGAUUUGCUUGAAGGUGACAUGAUAGCUGAGGAGAACUUGGAAGACUUUCUAAGAAAUAUUGGGAUUAAGUCACCUAAAGAAGAGGUAGAGAAAAUUCUUCAAUCAGAUUUUGUUUCUGAAGAUAACAUGGUGAACAUUAAAGACUGUAUGAGGGCUUUGAGGGACACCCAGAAAUUUUCCAAUUAUAUUGCAUUGAAUGAGACUAUCAAUACAUUGGACUCCAUGAAAGAAAAUUGUCAGUUUGACAAAGACAAAAAUCUAGAUGUACUUGAAAACACUGAUAGGCUUUCUUUUACUGAUGACAUACUUCAAGAAGUAAUGGAUGACUCCUUUGUUGAAGAUUUUAGGAAAGAGGCUUCAAAUCUAAAAUUACCAAAGGUAAACGAGAUUAAAGAAGUUGCUAACAUCUUGUCACAUGUUGAUAAUGGCAAGAUUGGUGUACCUGAUUUGGAGCAUGCCUUGAAAUGUUUGAAUGUUAAUUUAACUGAGGAGGACUUCAAUGGAGCCCUUAACUGUUGUAACGUCAGUGAUAAUAUGGAGGUGGAUUUAAAAGAUUUCUUAAUUAAAAUGAAAGAAAGUCCACAUUUCCAAAAGUCCAAAGCUACACAGAUACUCUUAGCUGCUACCCAAAUUCUCCAGAAUGAUCUAAUUGAUGUCUCUGACCUCAAGACGUUAUUGAUGGACAAGGACCUUCAUACAGCUAAUGCUAUACUUACUGUAAUGUUAAGACAUGUACCUGAACAUGAAAGUGGCAAGGUUACCAUUCAAGAAUUUAUGACUAAAUUCUCCGAUAUAUUGACAAUUCCUAAACCUGCAGAAGAUAAAUUUUACAACAACAACAUUCACAAAAAUGAUGUUACAACCAUUUCUGGUCUCCAGAAAAAUUUAAAUGCCAUGGGAAUCUAUCUGACAGAUGAUAAAAUACAGAAAACUUUGGAUAAUACUAAUCCUAAUGAUGAAGUGGUGCAUUUUAAGGAUUUUAUCAGAGAAUUGGCCAACACUGAUGAAUUUAUUGAAUGCCAAAAAAUAGAAGAUGCAUGGAAUAUUAUUAAUAGUGUCUGCGAUGGGAAAGUUGACAUUGAAGACCUUUUAUCCACUUUGAAGAGCCUGGAGAAACCUUUAGAUGAAGAACAAUUUAAGGUCUUAUCAAACAGUGCAACAGAUGGGAAGGUUGAUAUAAAAAACCUGAAGACCGUUCUAGACAACAUGGGAAUCAAGCUCACAGAUAAAGAACUUGAAGAUCUGACACAAAGCCUGCCAGUCGGUGCUGAUAAUAAAGUGGCUCUGAAAGCAUUGGAGGAUGAAGUGAAAGCUUUUACUGGGAAGGUUGAUAUAAAAAACCUGAAGACCGUUCUAGACAACAUGGGAAUCAAGCUCACAGAUAAAGAACUUGAAGAUCUGACACAAAGCCUGCCAGUCGGUGCUGAUAAUAAAGUGGCUCUGAAAGCAUUGGAGGAUGAAGUGAAAGCUUUUACUGGAGAGGAAGUUGAUGUCAAUGACAUGAAAACAAUUCUAGGAAACAUGGGGAUAGAGCUUACGGAUAAAGAACUCACAGAACUGGUAAAUAAUCUGCCAGUUGAUGAUGGAAAGGUCUAUCAGAAAAGAUUGCUGGACGGUAUAAAGUUUCUUAGAGGGGGGAAGAUUGACUCCAGCAAAGUGGACAUGGUUUUGGGAAACAUGGGCAUAAACCUCACUGAAAAAGAACUUGAAGAUCUAACACAAAACCUACCAGUUGAUGUUAAUGGUAAGGUUGAUCUGAAAAAGGUGAUGAAUGAAAUGAAAUAUUUUACAGGAGACAAAGUUGAUACAAAUAAACUUAAAAGUGUUUUAGGAAACUUGGGGAUUGAGCUCAUGCCUGAUGAACACUUGAACUUGCUGAAAACAUUGCCAGUUAAUGCUGAUGGAAAAGUGUAUCAGAAAAGGUUGAUGAAAGGCAUAAAGUCUCUUGAGCAAGGCAGUGUUGAUGUCAAUAAGCUGGACACUCUUUUAGAAAACAUGGGGAUAAAGAUCACGGAAGAGGAAUUCAUGGAUCUAACAGAAAGACUACCAGAUGACUCUGAAAAGAAAGUCAAACUAAAUAAGUUGAUUAAAGAAUUGAGUGCUGUUUUAGGAAAACAGGUAGAUGUCUGUGACCUAGAAGAUGCACUAAAAGACAUGGAAAUAGAGGUCCCAUAUGAGGACUACUUGCAUUUAGUAAAAACUUUGCCGCUUGAUGCUGAAGGAAAGGUGUAUCAAAAAAGGUUGCUGGAUGGUAUAAAGACUGUUAAAAGAGGAAAAGUUGAUAUAAAUGACCUGGAUAAAUUUCUGGAAAAUAUGGGGAUUGAGCUCUCAGAAAAGGAACUUGAAGAUUUUUCAAAAGACCUACCAGUUGAUGUUGAUGAGAAGGUUGAUCUGAAAAACAUGAUGCUGAGAAUAAAAGAUUUUACAGGAGAAAAGGUUGAUGCCAGAGAUCUGAAAAAUGUUCUUGGAGACAUGGGGAUAGAAGUCAAUGAUAAGGACUGCGUGGAACUGCUAAAAUUACUACCAGUUGAUGGUGAUAAGAAAGUUUUUCGGAAUAGAUUGCUAACGGGUUUGAAGUCUUUCAAAGGAGGAAAGGUUGAUAUCGGUAACCUGAAGACGAUUCUUGGGAACAUGGGGAUCAAGCUCAAAAAUAAGGAACUUCAAAGUGUGAUACAAAAUCAACCUGUUGAUGCUAAUGGAAAUGUUCCUCUGAAAAAGGUGAUGGAUGAUGUGAAAGCAAUUAUAGGAGAAAAACUUAACGUGGAAAAUCUAAAAAAUAUUCUCGAAGGCCUUGGAAUAGAAUUCACACCUAAAGAAUACUUGGAACUGGUACAAAAUCUGCAAAUUGAUGAUGAUGGAACUAUAUCUGAAAAUAGAUUGCUAGAUGGUGUGAAAUCAUUCAAAGGUGGAAGAGUUGAUGUUAGUAACCUGGAAAAUGUUUUGGAAAAUGUGAAAAUCAUGCUUCCAGAUAAGGAACUUAAAGAUUUGUCACAAAACCUACCAGUUGAUGCUUCUGGGAUGACUGAUCUGCAUAAACUACUAAAAGAAGUAAAUAAAUUCACAGGAGGAAAAAUUCAAGCCAAGGACAUACAAAAAGUACUGGGAGACAUGGGAGUAGAGCUCACAAAUAGGGAACUCUGGAACCUGAUGAAAAUGUUGCCAAUUACUGAUGACGGAAAGGUAUAUAAAAAUAUAUUGCUUGAUAAUAUAAAAUCAUUUCCUGGUGGGAAGUGCAAUGUCUCUAAAAUUGGUACUAUCCUGGAAAACAUGGGUUAUGAGCUGGAAGAUGAGGAAAUUGAAUACCUGCAGAACCACCUGCCAACUACUGAUGAAAAGAAGGUUAAACUGAAUAAGGUCAUGGAAAAUGUAGAGUCAUUUACAGGAACCAAGAUUAAUACUAAUGAAGUAGAUGAUAUUUUGAAAAACAUAGGGAUAGAACUCACACCUAAGGAACGCUGGAAGCUGCUAAAAACUCUGCCAGUUACUUCUGAUGGAAAAGUGUGUCGCAAUCUGUUACUAGAUCGUUUAAAGACUUUCCAAGGAGGGAAGGUCUUUGAAAAUAAACUAGAAACCAUUCUGGAAAACAUGAACUACAAACUUGAAAAUGAAGAAAUGAAAGAUCUACGGAACCAUUUGAAAAUUGAUGACAAUGGAAAGAUUUUAUUAAAUUCUGUGAUCCGUGCAGCCAAUUUAUUUUCUGGUGAUAAGAUAAAUGCCAGUGACAUACAACUUUAUCUAGGAAAUGUAGGUAUUGAAUUUACAAAUAAAGAAAACCAGGAUCUACUGGACAUAGUGCCAUUGGAUGAUAAUAAAAGGGUAUAUAAAGAUAGGCUGAUGGAUGGAGUGAAGACUUACAGAGGAGGAAAGGUUAAUGUCAAUAAAAUAGAUGAUGCUCUUGAAAACAUGAGAAUCCCACUUGAGGAAGAAGAAAUUGAGAAACUGUGUGAAGACUUACCUCUUGAUGAUGAGAGAAGAGUUAAACUGGAUUUACUUCUGAAUGAAGUAGAUGAAAUUUUAGGGGAAGAAAUUGACUAUCAAGACCUGGAAAAUAUUCUGAAAAACAUAGGGUUAAGACUCCAACUAAAGGAAAACUCGGUAUUGAUGAAAAGUUUGCCACUUGAUGCUGCUGGAAAGUUGUAUAAGCGUAAGUUGCUGGAUGGUAUAAGGUCUCUCAAAGGAGUGAAGCUUAGUGUUGAUAAACUAGAACCUUUCAUGGAACAUAUGGGCUUUGAGCUUGAGGAAGAGGAAUACCAAGAUCUGAAAAACAACCUGCCCAUUGAUGAUGAGGGAAGAGUUAAUGUGAAUGUGGUGAUGGAUGAAGGAUAUCUUUUUACAGGUGAGAAGGUUGAUGCUAGGAACCUGGAAAAUUUUCUGGAAAAUAUGGGGAUAAAUCUCACAGAAGAUAAAGGCAUGCAACUGCUGAAUAAUCUUCCAAUUGAUGCCAAAGGAAAGGUAUAUGUGAACAGAUUGAUGAAAGAAUUGAGAGGUCUUGAAGGAACAAAAGUGUCUUCAGAUAAGAUGGAAAUUUUCAUGAAAAGCAUGGGAAUUGAUCUCAAGGAGAAAGAAAUCCAGGCACUGAAGGACCACCUACCAGUUGAUGAUAAUGGGAAGACUGAUUUGAAUACGAUGAUGGAUGAAGUUAAAAAUGUUACAGGAGAGAAGAUUCAUGCUGGGGAUGUGAAAAAUGUUCUGGAAAACAUGGGAAUAGAGAUCACAAAUAAGGAGCACAAAAAGCUUCUGAAAACUCUGCCAGUUUCUGCUGAUAAAAAGGUGUUUAAGAAAGAAUUAUUGGAUGGUGUGAAAUCCUUCAGAGGAGGGCAGGUUAAUGUCAAUGACCUAACGAGUGUUUUACAAAACACUGGGUUCAGACUCGAAGAAAAAGAAAUCAAGGACCUGAAGAGUCACCUGCCAGUGACUGAAAAUGAAAAGGUUGACCUGGAUGUCUUGAUGGAUGCAGCAAAAGCUUUUACAGGAGAAAAGGUUGAAGCUGAUAACCUUAAAAAUGUGCUGAGAAACAUGGGGAUCGAGCUAACAGAAAAAGAACACUCGAUGCUGUUAAAAACUCUGCCAGUCUGUGAUGGAAAGGUGUAUAAGAAAAAAUUACUGGAUAGUGUGAAGCCUCUCAAAGGAAAAAAAGUCAGUGUCAGUAAUCUGGAAACUCUUCUAAAUAAUAUGGAAAUCGAAGUUGGGAAAGAGGAAUAUGAGGACCUACUGAACCAUCUGCCAGUUGAUGAAAAUGAAAUGGUUGAUGUGAAUGUGGUGAUGGAUGAAGCAAAAGCUUUUACAGGAGAAAAAGUUAAUGUCAGUAAUCUGGGGAAUGAGCUGAGGAAAAUGGGGCUCAUACUCACUGAUGAGGAGCACAAGAAGCUGCUGAAAACUCUGCCAAUUUGCACUAAUGGAAAGGUAUAUAAGAAUAGAUUGCUCAAAGGUGUGAAGGCCCUCAAUGGGCCAAGGGUCAAAAUCAAAAAAGUGGAGACAUUUUUGGAAAACAUGGGAACUAAAAUCAAGGAUGAGGAACUUGAGGAGCUCAUGACCCAACUACCAACUGAGGGUGAGACAGCAGUUGACCUGAAUGACUUAAUGGAUGCUGUCAGUUACAUCAAGGGUGAGGUGAUUGAUGUCCAGAACUUAGACAACUUUCUAGUAAGCGAAGGGAUUGAGCUCACGGAAGAAGAAAUGAAGGAGUUGAUGCCUCAUUUGAAAUUUAAUGGAAAUGGAAAGAUUAAUGUUAAGUCAAUAAUGGAGGGCCUGAAGAAGUUUAAACCAAAAGGAAUGGCGACUCUGCAUAAGCUGAAAACUGCAAAUGAUAUUAAAGACAGAGUCACUGGCCACAUGGCAGUUUCAGAAAUUAAACCAAAAUUUAAGCUGAAUCCUCUAACAAAGGUACCCAUCUCCCACAGUAAAAGGGAUAGAGACUUACCAGGAUCUCUUCAAUGCCAAUUACAACACAAAGAAAAGAAGCUAAGUGCUUCACAAAUGGCAGCUUUCCAAGAUGCCUACAACUUCUUCAACAAGGACAAAACUGGCUGUAUUGAUUUCCAUGGACUGAUGUGCACUGUAGCUAAGCUGGGAAUGAAUCUAACCAAGCAUGAUGUCUAUAAUGAAUUGAAAUGUGCUGAUAUUGAUCGAGAUGGGAAGGUGAACUUCUCAGACUUUAUCAAGGUGCUAACAGAUAAGAAUCUCUUCCUCAAGGCAGUGGUUCCAGAAAAGGAGACCUGUUUAGAUUUAGCUGGCAACCCCGGAAUCCUAUUGUUUGAAAUCCUAUCAAAGCUUCUAGAGACUUCAGCCCUACCCAAAAAGUCUAUACUAGAAAUAGUAAGCUAUUUCCAAAGAAAAUUCCAGCAUACUGGCCCAGGAAUGUUGUGGAGUCCCUACACUAUGGGCUAUGGAAAAAGGACACUUAAGCCAGACAUAUGCACACCUCCAAGCUCAAGCAUGGCUGCCUUUGCUAAUGCUGCCCGGAUUGCAAUAAUGAAAGAAAAGGAUUUAUUUAAAUUUCUUGAAGAGCUCAAGAGAUGCAAUUCCCAUUCAGAUAGCCCAUAUUCAAAAAUACCCAUCUUUCCAUUGUUCCCUAAUGUGGAUGGGGUGGUGAUGGGAAAGCCAUUCAAAGACAUGCAGAAAUUAGAGAUGCUAAGAAGAAAGGAGCCUUUGAAUUUCUUUGAGGAUUAUUUUUUCCAUAAAAGAGACUGGAAAACACAGGCAGCAAAUAUAAAGUCUAUGGACCCUGCCUCAGGUUAUUCAAAUAACAUCACCAUUGAUCAAAUACUCAAGAAAAAGCAGACUUGUACAGUGGCUGAUGAAACUGCUAUUAAACAACACGUGAAGAGAGCUACUGAUACCUAUAAUUUUGGAAUUGCCCUUGAACACCGGAAAGAAAUGCUAAACCUCUGGCAGAAGAUCCGAGGGGAUUUGAUUGGGAUAGACUCUAGAAAUGAGUCCUUUUAUGACACCUUUUCUACUUAUACAUGGUCCUGGAAUGUUUGCCAAGAACUACUUUCUCCUAAGGACUUAAGGUUAUAUGAUGCCUAUGUGAAUAGAAAUUCCUCCCAUAACUCCAGAUCCUUUUCCUCAUCAGAUACCAGUGAAUGUGACACAGACUCAGGAAGAAAAAGAAAACGGAAAGGUUUAAAGGGAUUUCAGUAAUGAAAUUUCUACAUUUUCUAAACAGCUCAUCACAAACUACUUUUUCAUAGUUAUCAAAAUUAUGGUUUCUUGCUUUUGUCUAAGUACAUUCUUAGAAGCUGGAAAUUUUGACAUCUUUUGGAUUCUGACCAGUAAAAACGUUUAAGUCAUAAAAUGGUUUCCCUUUCAUUAAA